CGUUCAACAGGAACAGCUGAUCGACACGUGCGUGAGGCAGGCACCUGCGGCUCCUCACUUUCCUCCAGGAUUUCUUCGAGAUACCUGGCACUCGAGUUGUUUCUUUCCCGCCUGAGGUCCGUUUGAAGUUAUCGGGAGACUGAAAGCACGAGAAGAUAGUUUGUUAGACCUUCAGGAAAAAAUGUUUUGGGGUUUGUCACUUGAUCCAGCCAAGCGCUACGCAAAGGUAGUAGAUGAUGCCUUCCACAUAUCAGCUGCGGUGCUUGACACCACCUCUGUUACAGAUGAUGAAAUCAUUAGGGUCAUGGUAGAAGUGGAAGGCUAUGAAACACUCAUCUGCAAUCUGAGCAAAAAAUUGGGCAUCUUGCAAUGCCCACUGGACUUGCAGUUCAUGGAAGGCAGUCGCAUUGCCUUCUACACUCUGGGAGGCAAGGGUGUUGUCCACCUCUCAGGCUAUGUCAUUCCUGACUUGGAAGAUGAGCUGGAUGAGGAGGAAGAGGUAGAGGAAGAGGAGGAAAAUAGUGAUGAAGAAACCCCAGCACUUGUGCCGAUAAACAAGAAGAGAAAGCAACUGGAAAUCAAAGGGGCAGAUGCAAAGAAAGCAAAAGUGUUGCUUGGUGUAGAUGAGUUUGUAGAUGGCGAAGAGGAUGGGGAUGAUGACGAUGACGAUGAUGAUGAUGAGGAUGAUGAAGAGAGUGAUGAAGAGGGAGAGGAAGAGGAAGAUGAAGAUGAUGAGGAUGACGAUGAGGAUGACGAUGAUGAACCAGAUGAGGAAGAAAAAGAGAUGAUGGAACAAAUGAAAGCUGCUUUAAGUGCGAAGCCAAACAAAAUGAAAAAUGAAAGUCAAGGGGAUAAGACGCCUAAAGGAAAGGCCGAAACUCCCGGCAAUAAAGUGCAAACGCCCAAAGCCAAAGGCGAAAGCACCGAACAGAAAACCCCAAAGGCGAAAGAGAAAGCGAAACAAGGUGCAAAGACUCCCGAGGUAAAGAAAGCGGAGAACAAAACCCCCAAGAAGGAGGCAGUUACCAUGAAUGGGACACCAAAGCAGAAGAAGUCUGAAAACACACCAGCCAAGAUCGAAACUCCUUCUGGAUCUCAGACCCCAAAGACGAUGAAGAUUGGGGGGAUGAAAAUUGAGGAGCUUAAAGUCGGGCAAGGACCAAAGGCUAAACCAGGAAACAUGGUAUUCAUGUACUACGAGGGCAGAUUCCCCAAUGGCAAAAUGUUCGACAAGUGUCAAGGGGGCAAGGGCUUCGGUUUCCGGCUGGGGAGAGGAGAAGUAAUCAAGGGUUGGGAUAUGGCCAUUGUAGGUAUGCAGCCUGGAGGAAAGAGAAAGAUCGUCUGCCCACCUAAAAUGGCGUAUGGUGAGCGAGGAGCACCACCAGACAUCCCACCCAACUCCACUUUAAUCUUUAAUAUAGAACUAAAAUCCCUAAAAUAGAUAAAUAUUAGUUGGCGCAGCACUUUCUUGUGUUAUAGAAAUUUUGGUGCUUUUUAUGUGUUUUUUCAAUCAUUCAUUUCUCCACUUUUUCUUCUGGACCAUUAACGUUUGUUUCUCUUCUAAUUUAAAAGAAAAAGAUCUUUAAUUGUCAUGAUUCAUUAUUAUUAUUGGCUGUUAUUUUUAUUAUUAUUCAUCCAUAUUUUUUCAUUUUACACAUUUUUUGACAUAAACUAUGUAGUUCACGUUAUAUGUAAGAUAGUAGUGUAACAAAUACUAUUCAGGGGAAGCAGUACUACUCAAAGUAGGAAGAGGACAAGUGGAUCAGCUGUCGUACUGCUAGCUCCGUGUGUGGCAUUUUCCUCGCUGCUGGUGUCAUGGAUCCCUGUUUCGAAUGACUUGUUUUGUACUCUAAUUUCCAAAGCGUGGUCAAGUGUCUCGAUGUUACAGUGUUGUUAUUGUAAUCCGUUACAAAUUAGACUGCAUUUAUUCUUUCCGUUUGUGAAGCGAGAACAAAUAUAUUUUGUUAAUUGCAUUUUUUUUUUUUUUUUUUUUUUUUUAGAUGGUCUGAAAGAUUUGUUAUUGUCUGGCGAGUGUGGUGUUGUUUGAAAAUAUUUAACAGAAUGAAUAUAUGGAAGUGGAAUUUGAAUUUGAACAUAGUGAGGAUUAUGACUGGUAUUUUCUCUGUAUUAUUAUUAUUAUUAUUUUUUCAAUUCUGUUUUUUCUUGAUGUUUGAAAGCCCAAAAUAAAGAAUGUAUAACUGUUGAAAAGCAAUGUUAAAUAAACGUUGGAUGUUUUGAAACAUUUCCAUAUUAAUAUGUA